AUGUGCCCAGGAGUUUUUGAGUGGCAAAAUGCACACCUUGAAGGGCAGAUUAUACAGCACACACUACUCGGAAGCAUAAGCGAGGACUUCUGCCCAAACGCCCCAAAUAACUUUGUGCUGCUUAACAUUGAUAAGUAUUCGUGCCACUUGUUUGCUGAAAACCAGUGUUUUUCUAGCUUUUUGUGCCUGGCAGCCCAUACCAAAGAGGUUUUCAUGAGCGAAAAAGGCAGGGCCAAAAAAGCAUGGACUCUAUACUAUUAUAGCUUUGGUGUGCCUGCAACAACAAGCUAUAGCUGUGUUUCUGAGGCCACACUUACAAAUCACAUCAAUGAUAUAAACAUGGCAUUGCAUAUCCAGUCACCUUGA